AACUUCAGUUGUGUCUAGAUCCUACACGGCGGAUUUUACGAACCUUCCGUGUUAUGUCGUGUGAGGUGGUGAAGAAGUGUUUUCAGAACUAAUAGUAUCGUCUACAGAAGUGCUUACAAAAUGGUGACCCCGCACAAAAUAUCACUUUUGAUAUUGAUUUAUGAAUACUCAAAUUAUGGGAAAUCAGCUAAACUCUCUGGAAGGAAAAAGUGGAAUCCUCGAGUCUCGCGAAACUUUGCGAGGUCUGUGCUGGAAUGGAUUCAGGGAUCUGACAUGGAAUAUGACGAGUUUGUUACCAAGGUGAAGGUGAUUCAUCCAGAAUUAGAUUUGGCAUUCAAAGAAUGUUUGCGAGAAAUUACAACCAGUAGUCUUUCAUCGAUGGAUGAAUUCUUCUCUUCGCUCAACAAACUUCUGGACAGCUCCAACGGGGAAGCACCAGUCCAUAGACAGAGUAUCAUAGGCAUGUUCCUGCGCCGUAUGGUGCUGACAUACGACAAACUAUCCUUCAGCCAGACCAUGCGACUCUACUCCUCUCUCCAGAAGUACAUCAAUUGCAGCUCCUCGUCAGGAGAGUCUAUGACCACCACCAUGGCACGUGAGGACCACAGCAUCGCAGACCGAUCGGAUGAUGAUAUUAGUGAGGUCGAUAUGGAUGUGAGUAUGGAGACGGACGGGACGCAGAUGACAAGAGGUGAACUGGAAGGAAUCAGUAUCGGCAAUGUCCAAGAAUCACAUAUUGGUCUACCGUCUGAGAAGACAUACACCCACCGCCAAGCAGAGCACUUCAUCGCCCAACAAGCCAACUUCCUACAGAACGACGAGUCAAAGGCGCUACCUCCAGAUGUUCUCCAGAAACAAAUCAAUGAACUUGCUCUAAAAAACCCAGACCUAGCAGAAACGUAUUACCUGUCAUACCUGAACUGCCUCCGCAUCAAAGAGUUCUGUGGCGCUGUUCACAACCUCCACUGCUACUUUGAUCACAUGAUGCCGCAGGUCAAAGGUGACUCGAACGGCAACAACAACGACCAGGAGCAGGUUCGGCAGAACUUCCGUUAUGCUGCCCUCAAUCUGGCUGGCUUGCACUGCCGACUGGGUCACAAAGAUGAAGCCAUGUUGGUUCUCAAGGAGGCUAUACGCGUUGCUCACCAAGCGAAUGAUAAUGUAUGUCUCCAGCAUGCAUUGGGGUGGUUAUAUCGGCUAGAGCAGAAGCAAGGUCUGGAUAUCUCAGAAACCCUGGAUCACUCUAUCGCCAAAUCAGUUGAACUUCAUCUUCCUUACUUGACCUGUCUAGACAUGCAGAACCACACAAGGAAUCUAGCAUUACGUGGUGUUGAGCCAUCAAGUGUGUUCUACUUUCUGGCCCGGACGGAUGCAGUCAACUGCCAGCACAACCAGCCUCAACUGGUUUCAUCCAGUUUAGCCCAGCAGUCGGCUCUCUGGUUUAUGUACGGACACAGAAAUAUGUCGUCUCUCAGCGAUCAGCUCCUCCUCAACAUGUUCUCCACCCAAAGCCCAAGCACGGGUGCCGCCGUGGACAGCGAGUCCUUCUGUCUCGUCAUCUGCAACCAGGCUAGGCAUCAGGCCGAUAGAGGGCAGUAUUCAAUAGCUGCGGAUAUCCUCAAGUUUGCAAAGACCAGGUUUCCUCCGUCGACGUCUCAUGCCAAGAUAUGGCAGGAAUGCGAGCAUGAGAUAGCGUUCCAGAGGGCGCUCUUUCACAUGGACUGGGUGGCGGCACAGGAGGCUAUCAACAAUCUAGCAGCAAUUGAUAACAUCGCUUUGGAUCUGAAGAGAGCAAUUCUUCAGGUGUGUAAAGGUGAACGCACUCAAGCCUUGGAAAAGCUCCGCCGCCUCAUCAAUAAAUACAAGGAGAACAAGGAUGGGUUUACACCAGAAACCCAUGCUAGGUCCCUAAUGGUCCUGGCUCAAAUCCACAUUCUCUCAGAUGAAGUCAUUAAGAGUAUCAGCUACCUCCAAGAAGCAUGGUAUAUUUGCCAUUACGGUCAUCUCACAUACCUUGCUGCCAUGGCAACAGCUCAUCUUGCCCAAACACAGAUUUUGUUGUCGAUGCCGAACCAUGCCAUGGUCCUCCUGAACAGUAUCCUCCCGACCAUCUUGACCAAUGGCUCUCUCUAUGACCGAUGGUGUGUCCAGUUCUUGCUAGCCAGGUGUCAGUGCCACUUAGCCUGUGACGGAGAUCAGGAAUCUAGCCAGAGAAAAACUUUAUUGUUAUCAGCAGUCCAACUUUUGAAUCAAGUCUCUGAGGGCUUCAGGACUCUAGGAGUGGAGUAUAAGAUCAAGGACGUUGCCUAUCUACAGGUUAGUUAAUGUUCUAAGUGCUCAUUUAGACGGUAAAUUAUCAUUGUUUGGCACAACCUGAGCCUGGGAGGCAAAAAGUGAGCUCCCUAUAUAACUGAGUGCAGGUUGAAGACACCAAGGUUUCCCCAAACUAAUAACUACUUGGUCUGUAACCACUUUGUCUUCCUCCAUUUGGUCUCAUCCCAUAUGGUUUAAUUCUAACCAAUCUGCAACUAGUUCAUCUUGUAACCAUUUAGUCUAUUUGACAUGUAGGCAUUUUACUAUUCUUGUGCGAUUUCAGAUUUGCUUUUUCAUCUAAUUUCAAGUUUAGGUGAUACACAUUUCAUAUAAUAUUGACUUGGUUUAAUAUCACUUAAUCUCUAUGAUUAGGCGAAACUGUAUAUGAAACAAAGUGCAACAUAAGUAUUAAAAUGAAGUGGAAAUUUGACCAUCUAUGCAUUAGAUGAAAUAUCAAGGUGAUUGGCCCGAAUUCACAAAGGUGGUUAUUAAACCCUCGGUUGAACCCAUGGUUUAUGCAGAUUUCCUAUAUUACCUUGUAUAAAUGUCCAAUGCCGAUGCUUGCUUUUGUCUCAGUUCACCAAAUUGACACCUGUUGCUGUGGUUGUCCACGCUAUUUUAUUCACGAAUCCACUGUCAUGAAUUAAUGAGUUGACUCUUCAAACAGUGGACUCAUAAAAUAGCGUACUUAACCAUGGCAACAUGCAUCAAUUUGGCGCACUGUGACAAAAGCGCGUAUCAGCAUUGGACAUUGUUUAAUAUAUGCGAAUGUUGCUUAUCCUUACAAUAACCCAGGGAAGAAAAUAGGAGACGGGGAAUUUUUCUCUCUAGCGUUCAGAUUAUGAGUUUUCCAGGGGGUGUCCCGGUAAGCGGGGGGGGGGGGGGGAUAAUCUUAACACAAUGAUAGAGAGAGAAAGAGAGAAGGGAUAGAGGGGAUGAUGCCAUGUUUAGAGUUGUUGCAGCAAACAAUUAUUUCAUGAGAAAGUCUUUUAAAUUAUAAAGGUUAAUUGUCAAAAUAUUAACAUAUAUCUAGGUCUGGUACAUUAAUGUAAACUUAUCUUUGUGAAAUCAUGAAAUCGUAGCUCAAAACCGAUUAUUCUGAUGAUCACUAACACCGAAAAGCAUAUGUGGGACAAGUUAUUAAUAUUGCUUGGAAAAAUUGAAUUGAUUGAAUUCCGUGCUUAUUCAGUUCAUUUCUCAGCAAUUACGCAUUUUCUUUCAGAGCCAUUUAGCACAUAUUUUUGGUAGUUAUCGUAUACAACACCUGGGUGGUAAUUUUAUUGGAUUCUGUUCAAAAUCAUUUUGAGAUCGUUAUGGCAUUUAUCUUUAAAAUAUGUAAAGUAUAUGGAUGAUAGCUCAUGAAGAGGGAAUUAAUAAUAAUAAUAGGUAUUUAUAUAGCGCCAUCUAUCUAGAAAUAUUCUAUUCCGAGGCGCGUUGUUAUUAUUAUUAUUACCCCGGCUUUAGCUCAAGCUGCCUUUCAGCGCUCAUGCAUUCAAGGAAUUAAUCCUGCCAGGUACCCAUUCACCUCACCUGGGUCGAGUGCAGCACAAUGUGGAUAAAUUUCUUGCUGUAGGAAAUUACGCCAUGGCUGGGAUUCAUUGCUUCAUGCUUGGAUCGCUCAAAGUUACUGAUUAGAUGGGGGGGAUUGACCAAAAUCGUAUACUUGAUUCCACAGAUGAACAAGAAUGAUGUUAGUUCUUUUGGAACAUAUAUGAGAACAUAUUAUUGGUAAGGUCUGUUAUUCUGACAAGAUAAAAUUGAUUUUGAGUCAAUAUGCUUUGUGGUAUAGCGCCAUCUUGUGCCAAGUUAUAUGUAGUGUAUGUCCCUUAUUUCAUCAUCUUUUAGAUCCUGUUCAAUCUUGCAUCAUGAUUAUCAUUUCUAAAUAUUUAUUUUGUUAUUAAGUGAUUGAUAAAAAUAUCCAACCAGAUUAGGGUGGGUAUGCUCAUUUCAAUAAUGACAUGUUUUAGUUUACAAAUACAUUUUAGCCAUGUGAGUCCUCAUCU